AUGGAAAAAGCUUUGGUAAUGUGGAUUGAAGAUAAAUCACAAAAAAGAAUACCAAUAGAUGGAAUUGCUAUCAAGCAAACUGCAUUAAGAAUUUAUAAACGUAUUAAAGAAGUUGAGCCAGGCACUUCAUCUCAGUCAAAACAACCCGAAUUUUCUGCAAGUACAGGUUGGAUGACAGGUUUUUUUAAACGACAUGCUCUCCAUAAUGUAAAAAUUAAGGGAGAAACUGCGUCUGCAGAUGAAUUGGCUGCCAAAAAAUUUCCUGAAAAACUUAGAAAAAUUAUUGAAGAUGGAGGAUACACCCCAGAUCAAGUUUGGAAUGUAGAUGAAAGUGGCCUCUUUUGGAAAAAAAUGCCGAGCAGAACUUAUGUUGCAAAAUCGCAGAAAACUGCCGGUGGUUUAAAAGUAGCAAAGGACCGUGUACCAUUGUUGUUUUGUUCCAAUGCUUCAGGAGAACGUAUGUUAAAACCACUGCUAGUAAAUCGUGCUUUAAGACCACGCUCGAUGAAAAGUGUAGAUUUCAAUAAACUGCCAAUUCACUGGACAGCAAACAAAAAGGCAUGGAUGACCAGUGCAAUCUUUACAGAAUGGUUCCAGAAAUACUUCAUUUCAGAAGUUAGACGCUACAUGAAUGCAAAAUGUCUAGAAUUUAAAGUUCUUUUAAUUCUAGACAAUGCACCUUGCCAUCCGCUCUUGGAGCACCCAAAUGUGCAAUUUUGCUAUCUUCCGCCUAACACUACAUCCUUAAUACAACCGCUAGACCAAGGGAUCAUUGCUACUUUUAAAAAGUACUACAUAAAACGUUCAUUCCAAUACGUGGUAGACACACUAGACCAUAAUGAGGAUUUAACAGUCAUUGAUAUGUGGAAAAAAUUUUCUAUUAUGGACUGCAUUAAUCAAGUUAGCAAAGAUCCUGAUCCUGUCAUCCAUAAUAACGCUGUUUUUACUGACAUCACAACGCUGGCACAUACAAUUAGUGGAGAUGGAUUCGAUGAUCUAUCAUUUGCCGAUAUAGAGGAAUUAUUAGCUGAUAAAAGCUUGAGCGAAAAUGAAAUUAUAGACCUCACCCUUGAGACUCAUCAAGACAGAGAACAUAGGGAUAAUGACGAAGAAGAUCCUCCCAUUUUAAAUGCAACUCUAAUUAAAGAAGGUCUUGAUCUUGCUAGAAAAUUAGGUAAUCAUUUUCAACAACAUGAUCCUGAUGAGGAACGAGCUGCAAAAUUUCAACGUGAACUGAAAUCAUUAAUGGCAUCUUACAGGGAACUUUAUAAAGGUUUAUUACGAAAUCAAACACAAUCUUUAAUGACUGAUUUCCUUCUAAAAACUACUGAAUUAUCAACACAGGAGCCUAGAGAUGAUAAUCCAGAAACAAUUUUACAAGAUGAUGAACAAAAUAAUUCUAGUGAUGGCAGUGAUAUUCUAGUCUUACGCAAACGUAUGCGUUUAUUGUCAGAAAGUGACAAUGCAUAA